AGUCACUUAAAUGGCCGCAGGUUACUUGUUUUUCAGCCAUCCCAUUCCAUCCCCUUGAGUAAACAUGCUCCCCUGCAUAAUAGUUUUAUAAUGAAGCCAGGCUCCCCAGACUGAUAACAUUUACAGUUGUUUCCGUGCUCCUCUGGGUCAAUACCACUUCCACACAGAUAACACACAGUGUCAUCGGGGAUUUUGCAUGUUUUGCCCAAGAAUCGUUUGCAUAAGUGGAAACACGAUUCCCUUGUAAAGACGCCACCUGCUACAGCAUAUCUGUGUUGACACUGUAUAGAGCAGCAGGUUGGUUGUUGUGCUCCACUGACCAUUCAAAACAUGAAUAUCACUUCCUCAGACUGCUGCGCCUUCGAGGCUCCCAUGCUCGACCAAGUUUUGCCGCCAAUACUGAUCUUGGAGUUCAUGUUCGGACUGAUGGGAAACAUCGUCGCCCUGUGGAUGUUUGCCUUUCACAUGGACACGUGGAAGCCCAACUCCGUGUACCUCGCUCACCUGGCUGUCGCCGACUCCAUCGUGAUGUUCUGCCUACCUUUCAGGGCCGACUACUACAGGCGCGGGAAGAACUGGCUGCACGGUGACGUCCCGUGUCGUAUCCUGCUUUUUCUGCUGGCGGCCAACCGCGCCGCAGGGAUCUUUUUCCUCACCGCCGUGGCUGUUGACCGCUACUUAAAGAUUGUCCACCCGCUGAACCGGAUCAACCGAAUGGGUAUCCGCUACGCUCUCUGGGUCUCCCUUGGUCUCUGGGUUCUGAUUUUUCUUGCCACUGGAUAUCUUCUUGCCAGCGAGCACUUCUAUUACAGUAACAACAACACACAGUGUGAGAGUUUCAACAUCUGCAUGGGCGUAAGUCCUCUCUUCACUUGGCACAAUACUUUCUACAUGACCCAGUUUUUCCUGCCCUCUGCAAUUGUCGCUUUCUGCACCUUCAGAAUCACGUGGCAGCUGAGAAACCGGACCGUGGACAAACAGGGGAAAAUCAAACGGGCCGUUCAGUUUGUCUUGGCUGUGGCUUUGAUUUUUAUUAUCUGCUUCUUACCCAGCACUAUGUCACGCGUAGCUGUCUUGAUCCUCAAGGUAUGGUAUAACGAAUGCAUAUACUUCCAAGAGGCCAACUUUGCAUUCUACACUACAGUGUGUUUCACCUACUUCAACAGCGUCCUCAACCCUCUUGUCUAUUAUUUCUCGAGCCCUGCCUUCACUGGCACUUUCGACAAGCUCCUGAAUAAGCUGCUGCGAAGGAGCGGCAACAAAGCUCAGACGAAUUCACCUGAGAGUGACAUUUCCACCAUUGAUGGGAGAAAGGAUUGAAGCCAGGUGCUAUUGUGUUCCCUUUCUAACAUUGCAGGGAUACUCAAAUGAAUGCAUAGUGCAUGUUAGAGGCCUGGCUACUGAUAGAAUUACUAUUAUCCUAGUUUAUAACAAAAAGUAAAAUGUAGGAUAGACAUUUUGCUGUGAUUUUGAAUAUCAAAAGUACCCACCUAAAAGGAGUUUAGUGCUGUGUAUUUGUAUUACAGAAACCCCUGUGAGGGUAAUCAUAAACAAUUGACUGGAGAUAAAAACAUCUUAAAUUGCAAGGUGACCAUGUCAAAUAUGCACUGCAAAUGCUUGUUGAAUAUGUGAUGUUUUGUGUGUGUAUAUGCGGUAACGCUGUAGUUGAAGGUAUCUACAUAAGAGUGACAUGACACU